GGAAGUAAGUCAUUUCGUCUCUCAUUGGCUUGUGACUGUCACUUACUCAUCAUAUAAACCCAAGAUGCCAUCCCUGAUGAGAGCAUAGAAGAUAGUAGAGACUCCACGAAGACAGAGCCCAAGUAAGUGAAUCACACCAUGCCAAACUACAAACUCAUUUAUUUUAAUAUGAGGGGGAGAGCGGAAAUUAUCCGUUACAUAUUUGCUUAUUUGGACAUAAAAUAUGAAGACCACAGAAUAGAACAAGCUGAUUGGCCUGAAGUCAAAUCAACUCUUCCAUUUGGUAAAAUCCCCAUUUUGGAAGUCGAUGGAUUUAACCUUCACCAGAGUCUAGCCAUAGCACGAUACUUGGCCAAAAACACAGAUUUGGCUGGAAAAACAGAAUUGGAACAAUGUCAAGUUGAUGCAAUUGUGGACACAUUGGACGAUUUCAUGUCACGUUUUCCUUGGGCAGAGAAAAAACAAGAUAUAAAAAAUCAGAUGUUUAAUGAGCUACUUACAUAUGAUGGACCUCAUCUGCUGCAAGACUUGGAUGCAUACUUAGGGGAAAAGGAGUGGCUUGUUGGUAACUCUGUAACUUGGGCAGAUUUCUACUGGGAAAUUUGCAGUACCACACUUUUGGUCUUUAAACCUGACUUGCUGGAUAUCCAUCCCAGGUUGGUAACAUUACGGAAGAAAGUUCAAGCCAUUCCUGCCAUUGCUGACUGGAUACAACAAAGGCCGCAAACCAAACUCUAGGUGAUGCGAGCUACCUCUAAGCUUUAUUGUUCUUCGCAGCGUGGCUUCCAUCAGAUGAGAAGCUACAUCAGCCUGCCAUGUAAUCUACAUUCUCCCCUCCCCAGCCCCACCAAGUCUCUCAAUUUUGCCAUAUUCUGCUUAAAAAAAAAAAAAAAGGAAAAAAGGGGGGUGAAGGGCAUUUAGUUUCAAGCAUCCUAUUUUUCCCCUUUCCCUUAGAAUAAUUUCAUAUCACUUACAACUGAGGAAAAAGUUUACAAUACAGGCAGGGCUCACAUUUCAUGGGCUUUGACAUGCAUGGAUUUCAGUCACAAUUGUUAAGGAACAUACACAUUUUCCCCCAAAAUGGUUUGGACUUAAGCUGUAAUUGCAUGAAGUGUUAACUUUGCUGCUAGCUCCGUGGUCCACAAAUCACUGUGUAAAUAAUAGAAGCCCGUCAUGACCAGUGACCAAUCACAUCACCUCUUUGCAAGUCUGUUAGGGAUUGGUCACCACACAUCUGUGACUCAGCAGC